AUCAGAAAGAGAAUGGUCGUUGGAUGGUUUGAUCACUAACCAGACAGAAAAUAAAACGUUUUGUUUUUCUAAUCACUUGACCGCAUUUUCUGUUCUUUUGGAUCCCACUCCGUACAUGGUUAUACCUAAACAACACGAGAAGGUUCUGUCUAUAAUUUCUUAUAUUGGAUGCGCUUUAUCUUUAACUGGUCUUUUCCUAACUAUUCUCACUUAUUCACUUUUUGGGUGCCUGCAUCGCGAUCAUUCCGGCAAAAUCCUCUUGAAUCUUUGCAUUUCUCUAGCGCUGAUGAAUAUGUCAUUUUUAUUGGGAUCUCAUCAUAAUUCUCCCAAACACGGACACAGCGUAUGUUUGUCGGUAGCAAUAUUGACUCAUUACUUCUUGCUGACUUCUUUAGCGUGGAUGUGCGUGGAAGCUNCAUAUUUUAUACAUAUGGCUACACAUCUAAUUAGUAAGCAGGACAGAAAGCAACAAGAACACAAAUCACAAAUGUAA